AAAUCUGGUCGAGGAAGCGUCAAGGUUAACAAGCGUUCUGUUACUGGUUGGUGAUGUUUUGGUUUUUUGUUAUCUGUUGCUAAUUUUAGCGUGAUGUUUGGCGUACGUUCGUCUUCCAUUUUAUCAGCGGCAAUGCAGAAUGCAGAUAACACGGAACUCUGUAAAAAAAAAAAAAAAUGUUAGACCUCCUUUUCCAUUUGUGCCUUUUAUCCAUCUUCUCUCUUCGAUCCUAGCACGUCAAUCAGCGUAGACAUAUAUUGCAUAAACACUACUUGAUGUCUUAUGAUCACACAGAAGAAAAACGUAGAAAAAUCUAUGAUGAUUUUUGAAACAAUGUAGUUUAAAGACAAUCAUGGUACUCGAAAAGAUUAAUCUAUAUCAAACGCAAGAAUAUUGUUGGUCAUGUUAUGAAAUGCGUUGCGUUUUUGAGCUUAUUGCGGGCUGGGUGCGAUUAUCAAAGUGGAGUUAUAUGAUGCGACUGUAGUUGUUAGACAUAAGAUCAUUGCAUGGCCAGGGAUGUACUUAGACAACAUCCAGAAUGUGAAUCAUGUAUUUUUAAGUUUACAUUCGUAAAUAUCUGCGCUACAGAAGAAGACAACUCGAAUUCAAAGCCCCUGGAGAGUAUCCUAAUCACAUGCAGGCGGGGUUAAUUACAUUCUUUGGCUUGAAACAAAGCAGUGGUAGUUGUGAAAGUUGAAUGCAGUGAUCGUUAAAAAACUUUUACCGUGAUCUGCCCAGUACAUAUUACAGUUUUCACAUCUGCGAGCAAAAGCAAGAGAGUGAGAAAGACAGAGAGAAAUCAUAGCUUGCUAAUUAAAGAAAAAAUGACAGCCAAAAUUUACUUAAGAAUGUGUUCUGAUAAACGAUCCAAUGAAUAUCGUUGAGAUCAUCGAUGCAAGAGAUCAAAUAAUUUGACAUGUAUAUAAUUUAUUAUCUGCAUGCUUUUUUUAACUGAUUAAAAGAAGAAGUAAUUUUUAUAGUUCAGCCCACACUUCGUUCAAAUCCACAGAUAAAGUAUGCGCCUCUUCGGAUCACCAGAACUGCAGGUACUGGAGCGGUUUGGGAUAUUGCAAUCCAAGCAAGUCCUUUUACAAGACGAUGGUACUUAAGUGUAAGGGAGCGUGUAACUUGUGUGGAGGUGAGUUAAAAAAUAAAGCAUUGAAAAUCGUGCCUGAUCUCUUUCCUUUUUGUUUGUAAUAUUUUAAAAUAGGGUUUAUUAGAAAGUUCUUCGGCGCUGUUACAGUGUUUCUUGUUAAAUAGCCGCGACACAUCGCCCUUUCAUUUGGAAUAAACACCUCAAUCUCACACCUUUCUGAGUUUUAAAAGUUUAACAUCAUUGACACCACGCGUAAUUGUUGAGGACAUUUAUCCGAAUUUUGUCGAUGUUUAUCAUUCAAAUUAGGAGGAAAGCAAGCAUUUUUCCAUCUCAUGUGAUGAUCUGCUACUUGCUGCUCACUUCUGCCCAAGAUUUGUGGGGUGCAUCUCCCACGCGAUGGCAGCUGAGCGGAAGAUACGUUUUGUGGGAAAUUGCGCAAUUUAUAUGUAACAAGUCUUAUCUACAGGGAGCGUGAGUCAAACUGAGGCCAUCGCCUGAUACCUGAAAUUGUCAGAACACUUGAAAUAAAGCAUAUUCCAGUUUUGCUUCGAGUUUGAGUUCGACUGAGAUGGAUUUCGUGCUGGACUUGGAGUCACGUUUCGAGUCAACAAUUUGCCAGGCUCCUCAAUUUGCUUAAUCCGUUUUUAAAAAGGCAAAUAAUUACGUCAUCGCUCUAUAAUUAAUUUUUCCUAACCUCGUUCCCAUGCAAAAUAAGUAGCAUUGUGCAUUUUAUCCGGAUACUGCCUUUGGAGGGGGUUCGUUGAUUUUUGGUCAUGUCACAACAGGUAUUGACAGGAAUACAAAAAAAGGAAAGGGGGAAGGCAGGCUAUUUGUGUAAAGCAUUCUUUUUUGUUUCUUCACAGACAAGGACUGCCCCGACCAUGUUCAUUGCCAUUCCUGGAAACAGAGAGGUUUUUGUCGACCUGGAGGGCCAUAUUACUCCUACAUGAAGGCGUACUGUCCAGCCACCUGCGAGCUAUGUGGUAUGUAGAGAUGCUUUGUUUUGAUGUAACGCUGGAAGAGGAAGCGAAUUGA